ACUUGUCUGGUAGUUUUAGCUUUCGUGUUGCAGCUCAAUGCCUCAGCCUCCUGGCUACUACACUGAUGCUGCCUUGUUGGGUUGUAUUAGGUUACCAAGUUAUAUUGAAAAGGUAAAUGCUUCCGUUGAGGAGGAAACUUGAUGUAAAACAGGGUUUGCAAAUGAGGAUUUGUGUGUUGGGUUUUAUUUUAUUUUUGAACAGCUUCACUGUGGAGGUGAGCCAGUAGUAGUUGUAGCUGUGAUGGUCCAGGAAUGAUGGGAAAGGCAAGGAUUUCUUUGAGUGGUAUCUUUCACUGGAUCAGCUGCAUAGCUGGGAGAGAGUUAGGCAAGAUGUUCUUCCGAAUGAAAGACGUUCUUUUUCAGGUCUGGCGAGUGAAUACAUUCUUAGACUGUGGAUAUAACAUGCAGCAUACCUAGUGUAUAGAAUAGCUUUAAUUAAACUGCAGCUUAAUGUAAUUAUCUUUGUUACAGAAAAUAGUAUCAUUGUCUCCAAAUGACAGAGACUAAAAUCUCUUUUCAGUGUCAAAUCCCAGUGUGAUAUUCAGUCAUCUAUAUAUUGAACAAAUUAUGAACUGUCCCAAAAGCAUCACACUGAAUUUUUUUUUUACUAGUCGUGUUUUUAAUGCACAGAAUUAUUGCUGGUCUAUUUUUCUUUUUAUUUCAUUUUUUACCUUGACACAGAGACAUGGCCUAGGCAAAAUUAGAGAGCAAAGAAUUGAACUGAUACAUUUUAUAGGUUACUGUGAGUACAUUCUAGGCUGUUAUUGCAAAAGGACCCAUCAAAGCCAUAUCUUCAGCUCAUGGAAGGAUACCACCUUGCAUGAACUAAAGAAGUUAGCAGUGUAUGCCAAGAUGCAAGAAUCUCUGGAGGUGACCCUUCCCAGCAAACAAGAGGAAGAUGAGAAAGACCAGCCUGCUGAGAUGGAGUACCUUAACUCUCGCUGUGUCCUUUUCACUUACUUCCAGGGAGACAUUGGUUCAGUAGUGGAUGAGCACUUCUCAAGAGCUUUGAGCCAAGCCAGCAACUUCAACCCAGAAACUGCCCUUUCAAAAAGCAAAGCAGGUCUGAGUCCUCUAUGGAGAGAGAGCUCAACGGUUUCAAGUCAACGAAGCAGUUUUCCAACUUCAUUUUGGACUGGCUCCUAUCAACCUCCACCUCCACCAUGUUUGAGUGGAGUUCAUCCUGACUUCCCCGUUACUGCAUCAAGCACCUUCCCAACAGCAGAUCCUAGCAGCUGGCCAGGACACAGCCUUCAUCACACUGCCCCGCCUCCUCCUCCUCCUCCUGCAUCAGAUUCCUGGCAUUAUCCUUUAACAUCUCAGGUGAGCCCUUCAUAUGCACACAUGCAUGAUGUGUACAUGCAUCGCCAUCACCCCCAUCCACACAUGCACCAUCAUCACCCCAGCUCACACCAUGACCCCCGAUAUGGAUCCCUGCUGAUGCCUUCAGUACGUGCAGCCAGGAUUCCUGCUCCGCAGUGUGACGUGACAAAGACAGACCCUACUGCUGUCACCAGUGCUACCUCAGCAUGGGCUGGAGCCUUUCACGGAACAGUGGACAUAGUACCAAGUUUUGGUUUUGAUGCAGUAGGUCUACAGCAUCAGGAGAAGACCAAGGAAUCUUCUUGGUUCUGAAGUUCACAUAUAGCUUAACACAAGCUAGAGCUGGAAUCCCCACAGCUGGCAUGGAGAUGCUGCCAUGGUUGACUGUUGAUACUGCAAUGGUUGACUGUUUCAAAGGACUCACUGCUGAAGGGAAGAUGAAGAGCCAGCCAUUAUGCUUUUGCAAUUGAGCCUUUUCCUUUUAAGACCAUUUCUAGGUCCUAGAACAUUGAAGAAAAAAAUGCUUUUUUCCCCCUCUUUCCUCAUCUGAGCCUGCUGCAGCUGAGCAAUCUAACUUCUUUUUUUUGCUCUUCUUACAGUAUUUUGUUCAGCCUGAUUGUUUUUAUGAACUGCUUUGAUUGUCAGGAGAAGAUUUUGCCUCGACUACAGCAUUCAUCCUUUCAGGAAUACAGUAUUUGUAUCUCUUUGUGCAUCUAUUUUUGUAGAAAUACAGAAAGCUUGGUUAAGGAUCGAUGGCAAUUUUAGGAUGACAUAUUUUUUUUAAAAAAAUUGUAAAAUUGUUAAGUUCUGUUUAAAGAACUUGCUCUCAGAGAAGCACUGGCAAAAUUGUAUAAAAUGCUUAUUUUUAGAUGUCUGUGAUGUCUGUAUUCGUGGAUUCUUUUGUUACCUCAUGUGUCUGGGUUUUUAUUUUUGGGGGGGAUUGGUUUGUUUUGUUUUAGUUUUUUUAAGAGCAAAAUCUUGGAUAGUCCAAGCAUUCAUUGUUUUCAUAUUACAAGAUUUUGAAGGUUUUUCCUUUUUAUUCUAGUGUAAAAUAUAAUUCACACUUAAAGUUUCAGCCAAAUAUUUUUCCUACUAGCAUUAUAUUAUAGAAAGAGUAGAUUUAUUUUCUUGCUUUAGAAGAUGGCUUUAAGCUAUGCUGACUAUAAGGAAUUUGGGGACAUAUUAGCAAAGAGAAAAGACUAUUUUCACAGGAACCCUAUUUCCAGCUCUGUUUCAUUUACAAUGGACCAAAUGAGUCUGGGCCUGAUCCAGGGCCCACUGAAGCCAGUGGAAAGACUCUCAUUGACAUCUGUGGACUGUGCCUUAGGUCCUUUUCCUGUGAUAACUAUAAAUAGCAGGAAUUUAGGGCAUGUUAAGGAUCAUGUGUUUUUAUGUGGCAAUUCAAGAACAAAAUUCAAAUUUUACAAAAAGUUAACAGUUUCUGGAAGCAAAACGUUUUCAGUCAGCCUGACCUGGUAAUCUGUUGAGGACCCUAUGUGAGUUCUCAAAAGUCCUAUUGGACCCUUGGCUCCUAUUAACUUCAGCUUGGGUUAAAGACCUCAAAGACUAACUUCGGAAGCUGGGGGCGCAUCUACAUGUGUCCCGGACCGUACAAUUUGUUUCUGUGCACUCAUUUAAUACUUGCUAACCUCUGUUACUGCGCAGUCCUCCUAGUGGUGCAUAGGUCAUUUCUGACUCUAUUGUGUGGUAGCAAUUUGCUACUGCCCAGUAACUCGUUGCUGCUGUGCAGCAGUGUCAGAUCAUGGUUUGUGCCCAUUGAUACUACAUCAUCACAGCGAUGACCUACGUCUCUGUAGCUCAUUGCUACAGUGACGUAGCCUCUCAUGUAGAUGCGCCCUAGUAGACUUAAUACUGUGUUGCCCAACCUGAGACUUGUUAGGUCUUUUGUGAGCUGUCAUAGAUUUCUUGUGGACUCACUAACACUAACAAGAGUCAGACCUUGCAGCUGUCCAGUUGAGAAUUUAGAUUUUGAACCCACUUUCAUAAUUUUGGCCAGGGCACUAAGCAAGAUGUGCAGGACCUCCAUAAUGGACCCAUGGUAAGAAAGAGCCAUAUCCAGCAGCUUGCUUACGUGUGUGGAGUCCAAUGAAGCUGUGUAACUUCCUGACAAAAUGCUGAAGGAUUGCUCAUUGAAACCCCAAUCCUACAGUGAACUCAGUAUAACCUCUAAGCAAACAUCCAUUGUUUUUAGUGGAGCAUUUAUGUGAUACCUAUUGUGGGACCAAGGUCAAAACUAUUAAUGUAAUUGUUUAAAAUAUCAUAAUUUGUUCAGUGUACCUCUAGGAAUGUACAUCUCCUUACCCAUUUUCAAAAUAUUCCUAUGAGAUAAUAUAAUUUUCUUGCCACCAUUUCCAACCAAAACAUUCAGAAGAUAAAAAACAAAGAAGAAAUAUAACUUCAUGAUCACCGUUGGUUUUAAGGUAGUGAACAUCUUUACUGUGGUGUUGAUAGUUGGAAAACACUCAUUUUGGAGUGCUGAGCAUGCUACAUUUUUGUGGAAACAAGUUGGAACUGGUGGUAUGAAGAACCUCAAGAAUGAGCUUCAGUUCAAAAAGGCACUGAAGGACAUGUUUUAAUGGUCUGGGACCUUAUAAGCAGAGUUUUAAAAGUACUUAGAUACUGCAAUGCUGAGUGGAGCUAUGGUUAAAUACCUUUCAAGAGUCUGGGCCUUAGCCUCUACAUUCUGAGCCUCCAGUUACAUGACCCUUACCAUUUCUUCCUAAGACUGAAUUUCACUGCCAUUACCUUCCUAUAAAGAAUGCUGGUGCCCUGGCAAACCUGGUUUUUUGCUUACUCAAAAGGGAGAUCCUUAGAGGGAUAAAGUUAAUGUAAGCCUCAAAGACUUAGUUACUGCAAGGGCAGGUUCUCAAGCAUGCCAGAAAUACCAGGGGCUGGGGGGACACACAAAAACAUUUUUCCCUUGAAUUUGGCUGGGUCUGAAAGGGGAGGAGACAAAGCAUCCCAAGAAAAUAAGGAAGAAUCUUGGUAACUUUCUGGAUUUGGAAGGUGAUUGAAGGUGGAGGAACAAAACAAAGCUUAUCAAACAUCUUGACUUUAUCAAAAGUGGUUCACUUAUCUCUAGCAAUAGUGCCCAAUUCAUUGCCUCCUUCUUUAUAAACAUAAAGAAUAAAAGGACCUGCUUCUCUUUUCAAGGUAGUUCAAGGUAGAACUCCCAAUGACUUAAAAUGGAGUAGGACUGAAUACAAAGCUUUUGAAAGAAAUUUUCCUUAUGGUUUCAGAUUAGUGAGUAGAAGGAAUGAAUGUUAUGAAUCUGUCACCUUUUACUUCCCACAUGAAGGACUUUUAUACAUCCAGUUUCCACUGCUAAACCUGACAAUAAAUCUAAAACACUCUAGGUGCUCCAAAAGCUCAGGGAGAUAAGUGCCAAUAAAACCUGUUGUUGUAUAUAACAGUAAAUACACCCAGUCAAUUGACUUAAAAAGACAAAAGGUUUUAUUUCUCCCACCCUGUUCUCCAGUAAAUUGGAUUUCACUAGCUACUAAACUGACCCUUUCCUAACAAAUGAGUGG